AUGACGCUGACGCUGCCGGCGCGGUCCUGCGGCGCACCGGCAGUGCGCCCUCCACAGAUGGACCCACACGCUGCGGCUGUGCUCGCAGACUUUGCACGGCAGCGCUCCUUACAUUUUGUCGUGGCCUUCUCAUGCUGGCCAGACGGUGGUCUGUCGGCGAUGCGCGCCUGGGGGCGGCUCGGACUGCGCGCCUCCGUCCACGAGCCCUGGGAUCUGCGCGUAGACCUGGGCAGGCUGCUGGACACCCGCCGCGGCGCCGUCGCCGUGUUCGCUGCCCUCUCCUGUCCUGGCGCACUCGACGUCUUCCGUAAGGCGGCGGACAGGCAACUGCUGGGAGUGAUGCGCCACUGGCUGCUGCUGGGAGAUCUGGAGCCCCAGGAGUUCCCGCAGCUGGCGCUGGACUCCAGCGUGACGCUGCUGUCUGGAAAACAUGCCGGUUCCGUCAGCUGGCUGGUGCGCUACGCUUAUGGGUUGGGCGAGCGCCUCGUGGUUUCAGAGCCCGCUGCUUGGCAACAGGGAGAGCCCAUGCCAGCGCCGCCGUCGCGCAACAACCUGCAGGGACUCGCCAUCAAGGCUGGCAUCGUGAAACUGAACGACAAUUUCUCACAUUACGAUGACCCCAGUUACCGCCAUCUGGAUACCUGGAGCAAGCUGUACUACGCCAUAUCCAAGGUAGCAGCUGCACGCCUCAACUACACGCACAACAUCGUAUUUGCGAACCAGUGGGGCAUGCGAGUGUCUCCUGGGGUGUUCAACGGUCAGGUGGGUCAACUGCAGAGAGGCGAGAUAGAGCUGGCCCUAGGAUUCGCUCUACGCCGCGACCGCAUCGACGUCAUCGACUACACGACGCCGCCGGGACGAUUUCAGCCGGCGUUCAUGUUCCGGGAGCCGUCGCUGGCGGCGGUGAGCAACGUGUACACGCGGCCCUUCUCGCGCGGCGUCUGGCUCAGCUACUCGCUGGCGGCGCUGCUGCUGGCCCUGCUGGUGGUCGCCUCGCAGCGGCUGCUGGCCAGGGCGCAGGGGAUGCUCGACGACAACACGGACCCCGCCGUCGCGCCGCCCUGGACUGACGUGCCACUCGUCGCCUUCAGCAUCGUCUGCGAGGAAGGCAUGCAGGACCCGCCGCAGAACGUGUCGUCGCGCAUCCUGCUCAUGUUCCUGCUGGUGCUGGCCGUCUUCCACGUGACGGCCUACUCUGCCUGCAUCGUGUCGCUGCUGCAGCUGCCCAGCGGCUCCAUCAACGCCCUCGACUCGCUCUUCGGCUCCAAGCUGCGCGUCGUCAUGCACGACCUGCCCUACAACUUCAACUACGGAAACCCGUACCGCAAGGUGUUCAAGCCGCUGGAGGAGUGCGUGGCCAUGAUGCGGGAGGGCCGCUUCGCAUGCCACGCCGACGAGGCGGCCUACAAGGUGAUAGGCGACACCUUCCUCGAAGCGGAGAAGUGCAGCCUCAAGUCAGUGCCCAUGUUCCCGCUCAGGGCCAUCAUCAUAGGCGUCCGGAAGCAGUCACCGUACAAGGAAAUACUCUCUGUCACGCUGACGUGGCUGCGAGAGACGGGAAUGACGCAGCGCGAGUGGACGCGCUGGGUGGCGCAGAAGCCGCGCUGCCUCAACCGCGACAGCGGCUACGCCGAGGUGGGCCUCACCGAGGUGUCGCCCGCGCUGCUCAUGCUGUGCUACGGCGUCGCCGCGUCCCUGGCGGCGCUGCUGCUAGAGCUACUGCUGCACAGGCUGGUAGCCGCCAGGCGGGGGCGCCAGAAGAGGCAGCACAAGCCCGGCACCGACAACACGCUGGUGCCCAGGGCAUUCCUGCGCUGA